GUGCUUAUAAGUGUCUUUCCCCAUCAUAAAUCAGACAAGCCUCUCGUUUGUAGAUUUCCCCUCCAUUCAAAAUAUGGCACCAGUUUUCUAUACUUGGGAUACCUCAGUCUGGUGCUCGGUGGCCCAGCUUGCAGUUGACGACCUAGAAUACAGCGACAAGAUCGAGAAGCGGCUAGUUAAUCUUAUCACAGCGGACAAUCUGGCUCCCGAAGUGCUGAAGAUUAAUCCCACUGGAACAUUGCCUGCGAUUGCCACAGGUGAUGCGUUUUACACCAGCACGGCCGAAGUGGUGUCGUACUUGGCGUCGAACGCGACGAUCAAGGUCGCGCCGGCUACCGCCUUGACCGAAGCCGUCCACAGUGACGAGCUGGACCCGAAUUUUGCUUUCCUUUCCGCUCGGAACGAAGAAGAGCUUGCAAAAGUGUCCGUCUUCGGAAAGGUUUACAGUCAAAACCGUUACGAUGCCCUGAAGAGAUACGCGGCUACUCCGGAUGCAGAGCCCUUCCGAGCAUUUUACGAGAAGAAGAUCGCUCUCGUUGCCGACGCUUUAGCACUUUACAGCGGAACUGCCCCAGAUGCUGCCAAGCAGGGAUACUUCGCGCGCUCGACGACGAUAUGGGCAUCGUUCCGCACGUUCAUCUUCGAAACGCUUCCCGCUGCCUUGGCUAAAAGCGAGGGUCAAUUCCUCGGUGGAGAGCGACCUGGCGAGGAUGACUUUCACGUGGGCGGGUGGCUGUCGAGGAUUUCGUUGGUUUCCGGUGCAACAACGGUUGAGCAGGCACCGGGGAAAUUGGAGGAGAGGCUUGGUGGGCCUAUUCCGGAGAGCGUUCAGAAGUAUCUGCAGGCUUGGGGACAGAGGCCAAGCUGGCAGAAGGUCUAUGCUGAUAGAUUGCACUAGGUUUACCCCCUUCACUUGCAGAUGGAUUAUUUCAAUCUAGAACGAAGAUAUAACAAUACACGGAUAUGAGCAAU